AAAUUUCACCCAUAAUUGUGUUGGAACUUUAAUUAAACAAAAAUAAAACCUUUUCAAUUAUAACUUCAUUAAACCUAACAAACUAUGACUUCAAAUACUGGUAACGAGUUUUUGCGACAAAUAUUUGAUAUCAUAUUAAAUGAGGAGAAGAUUGUCGGCAAUGAAAACUUUAUUAAAGAUAAUCACAAAAAUAUUGUCGACUUUAAACAUCCAAAGGAACUGGAGAAUAUUCUUGAGCUGACUAUUGGCGAUAAUAGUGAGUCCGACGGCCGACUGAUCGACAUUUGCCGCAAAGUUAUCCGACACAGCAUUAAGACAUGUCAUCCCAACUUUUACAAUCAACUCUAUGGCGGCGCCGAACAGUACGCACUGUCCGGCGCUUUCAUUACCGAUGCUCUCAAUACCAGCGCUGCCACAUAUGAGAUAUCGCCAGUAUUUUCGGUAAUUGAAAAGUAUUUAAUCAAAUAUUUGGGACAAUUGGUUGGCUAUGAUUACGAAUCUAUUGACGGUAUGUUUGCACCGGGAGGUUCCAGUGCCAACAUGUACGCUAUGGUAUUGGCCCGACAACACGCUUUUCCCGACAGUAAACGCCACGGAGUGAGAGAAUUGGGACAACUGGUGAUGUUUGCAUCGGAAGAGUCUCAUUACUCGUUUGUCAAGAGUGCCAUUUGGUUGGGUUUGGGAACCGAUAGUGUGAUCAAAGUCAAGGCCGACCUAAGCGGACAUAUGCGAGCAGCUGACUUAAGGGACAGUAUAAAGUCGGCAAAAAUCGACGGCAAAGUACCGUUUAUGGUGGCGGCCACUGCCGGUACAACAGUGUUGGGUGCUUUUGAUCCAUUGGGCGAGUUGGCCGACGUUUGCCGCGAGUUUGGCGAUCUCUGGUUUCAUGUGGACGCAGCUCUGGGCGGCGGUUGGCUGUUCUCGCCCACUCACGGACCGCGUUUGUUGGCCGACAUUGAAAGGGCCAAUUCGGUAACCUGGGAUCUCCAUAAGUUGACCUGUACGCCGCAACAGUGCAACGUUAUUUUGACCAGACAUCCGACCAUACUGUACGAGACCAACUCAUUACGGGCCGAAUAUCUGUUUCAAAGCGACAAAUACUAUGACGACAGCUACGACUCGGGCGACAAAAGUAUACAAUGCGGCCGCAAAUCGGAUACAUUGAAACUGUGGUUACAGCUCAAGGCGUACGGCGGCCACGGAAUGGCCGCACUGAUCGAUAAUGUCUACGAUAUGGCUAUAUAUAUUACCGAAAAACUAAGACAACGGCCUGGUUUUCGGCUAGUAAUGGACAAGUUUGAGUCCAAUCUCGUAUCGUUCUGGUAUAUACCACCAUUGAUGCGGUCGUCCAUCAAUGGCCAGGAACUGCCGCCGCCCGACAAGUUGUCCAAAGUGGCGCCGCUAAUCAAACGCCGUAUGAUGGACUGCGGUUCGUUGAUGAUCGGCUAUCAACCGUUGACUACCAAACAGUUGCCAAAUUUUUUCCGCCUAAGUUUGACCUGUUUGCCGAAACGUACCGUUCAGGACAUGGAUUUUAUUUUAGAUGAAAUCGAAAGACUUGCCGAAGAUAUUAAUUUUUGA